AUGGCGACCGAACUUGGGCUAUUCCAACCGCUUUCUCAGGAGUUACUAGACCAAAUCUACGGCUAUGUGCUUGACUCUGCUGAGAUUGGGUGCCAUGUUUCGUUCAAGAGUGCGCCUGGUCUGGUCAUCCCAUGGAUGUCGUUCAACUCAGGCACCCUGAAGAACGUAUCCAACCUCUCUAUGGCGUCCAACACCAUGCGCGACAGCUACGGCCAGCAACCGCAUGAUGUCGAGCGCAUCCGCAAGAACCUCCAUUUCACGCUCAUUCUCGAUCACAGCGUCGAAAGCUUCGACUGCAUAUUACCAUUCAAACAUCUGGACGCAGGCAUACAGGCUUUGCCGUUCUACCAUCUCCACAUCUACGUCGAAAUCCAGAUCCCUAAGGGCCCUUUCCAUGCCGAUGUCUCCGAGCAGGAGAAUGAUGCCUUACUCAAGGAGAGGGCGAAGAAGUUUGCAACGGUCGUCUCGAUGGUGGUAGAGACCUUCCCAGCCGCUCGCACAAUCGAUGUGGAGGUGAAGACACCCUCAAAGAUGGCCCAGUUGACUGAGCUCGAGCGCGCGGCCUUUACACUCUGUGUCAACGCCACACUGAUCGACAAGGCUCGCCAGCCAGCCAUCGCGCCAGGCAGCUCCAAGAAAGUCUGCGUCCCAGAUGAAGCCGGAGUGCUCACCCACAAAGGAUCGAACCAACUCCUGGCCGGCUUGUUGUUGGAUUACAAGCGCGCUGCAAAGUCUGGCCGCGUGGUUGCAGUCCUUCUUCCACUCACUCAAGGCAGCCUCGAGCGCAACGCCAAAGCCAUUGAGCUGAGGGAGAACCAACAGAUGGCGGCGAAGGCUGGCGGCUUCCUGGCGGAUAUUUGUGCGGACCUCGAGAAGCGGCAGGCGAGGAAUCGCAGGAGGAAAUUGGAGGAGAAGGAUCGAAAGAGAGAAGCAGAGGAGAGGAAGAGGGAAAGGGAAGCGAAGGAGGAGAAGACCAGGGGUCUCUGUGCCCAUGCGAGAGUCCUGCAGGAACGUGUGGCAAGGAUCGAGAGCCGAUUGCCGCAGGCACGAAACAAAGACACGGCUCUCAACUACAGCAAGCCGGAUCUGGAGGGCGUGAACCCGAGCGGAACAAUGACCGCCCACAACCAAGGCCGUCUGCUGUCGACGCCGGAUCUGGAAGGCUUGGCUGCGACCAGGACAAAGACCACUCCCGCCCAAAACACUAUGGCCUUGAUGCAAUCGAACACCAAGCACGACCGCCAUGCACUGGGCGCUCGCCGGACCAUCAAAUGGCCCGACGGUGUGCACGCAAAGAAUGGUCUAGGCGGCGGAAAGAGCUCCAAUGGCAAGGACGGCGACUUGAUCGACAGGGUCGCCGCGCGUCCUCCUCGAAGUCGGCACCAGGAGGGACAACGGCAAGCGUAA